AUGGCCACCUUCUCACGUCUAAUCCGCUUCCUCGCCAAAGACGGCCACGUCUACUACGGCGACGCCCUCCUCCCAACCGGCAUCUCCGACGUCGCCAAAGCAACUCAAGCCCGCGUUAUCACCGGCGACAUCUUUGGCACCCACCGCAUCACCGACCAAAUCGCCGACGUGCGCAUGCUGCUCGCCCCCCUAGCCCGCAAAGACAUCCGCACCGUCCGCUGCCUGGGCCUAAACUACGAACAACACGCCAAAGAAUCCAACCUGCCCAUCCCCAAAUUCCCCGUCCUCUUCUUCAAGCCCGUAACCGCCAUCUCCGGGCCCACGGAUGAUAUCCCUGUUGCGCCUAUUGCGCAGGAAGGCGAGGGACUGGAUUAUGAAUGCGAGCUUGUGAUCGUUAUUGGGAAGGAGGCCAGGAAUGUUUCCGAGGCGAAUGCGUUGGAUUAUGUGCUUGGUUAUGCGGUUGGUAAUGAUGUUUCGCAUCGCGAUUGGCAGAUUAAGCGUGGUGGUGGGCAGUGGGGGUUGGGUAAGGGAUUUGAUGGCUGGGCGCCGUUUGGACCGGGAAUUGUUUCGUCGAGGAUUAUUCGGGACCCGAAUGCCUUGCAUAUUGGGACUAAGUUGAAUGGGGAGACGGUGCAGUCGUCGUCCACCAAGGAUAUGAUCUUUGGUGUGGCCAAGACUAUUGCUUUCUUGUCGCAGGGAACUACUUUGUUGCCUGGCGAUUUGAUCUUUACUGGAACUCCCCAAGGUGUGGGUAUGGGCCGUAAGCCUGCUCUGUGGCUGAAGGAUGGCGAUCAGGUCGAGGUCUCCCUCGAGGGAGUGGGGUCGAUCUCCAACCGUGUGGUCUUUGAUAAGCCCAACCCGAAGCUGUGA